GAUCAGUUCUGAAGAACUAUUCAGUCGUACGAGAACUAUUCAGCGAUUCGUUGAGAAAAGAGACAGUUUUACUGAACUUUCGAGAAAAUUUUUGCUGCUUUACAAGAUAAACAUGCAGAUCUUUGUUAAGACACUGACUGGGAAAACAAUAACCCUUGAGGUGGAGGCAUCAGAUACAAUCGAAAAUGUCAAAGCAAAAAUUCAAGACAAGGAAGGCAUCCCACCAGAUCAACAGAGAUUGAUCUUCGCAGGAAAGCAGCUAGAAGAUGGACGCACGCUUUCAGAUUAUAACAUACAAAAGGAAUCAACCCUCCAUCUUGUAUUACGUCUUCGUGGAGGCAUGCAAAUUUUUGUUAAAACACUGACUGGUAAAACUAUAACGCUGGAAGUUGAGGCGGCCGAUACUAUUGAAAAUGUGAAGGCAAAAAUUCAAGAUAAAGAAGGCAUCCCACCAGACCAGCAGAGAUUAAUUUUCGCUGGAAAACAACUGGAAGAUGGGCGAACACUGUCCGAUUAUAACAUUCAGAAGGAAUCCACUCUCCAUCUUGUCUUACGUCUUCGUGGAGGCAUGCAAAUCUUCGUUAAGACCCUCACUGGUAAAACUAUUACAUUGGAAGUAGAAGCCUCUGACACUAUUGAAAAUGUGAAAGCAAAAAUUCAGGACAAGGAGGGAAUCCCUCCGGACCAGCAGAGGCUGAUAUUCGCAGGAAAGCAGCUGGAAGACGGGCGAACACUAUCCGACUAUAACAUUCAAAAGGAAUCCACUCUCCAUCUUGUCUUACGUCUUCGUGGUGGCAUGCAAAUCUUCGUUAAGACCCUCACUGGUAAAACUAUUACAUUGGAAGUAGAAGCCUCUGACACUAUUGAAAAUGUGAAAGCAAAAAUUCAGGACAAGGAGGGAAUCCCUCCGGACCAGCAGAGGCUGAUAUUCGCAGGAAAGCAGCUGGAAGAUGGGCGAACACUAUCCGACUAUAACAUUCAAAAGGAAUCCACUCUCCAUCUUGUCUUACGUCUUCGUGGUGGCAUGCAAAUCUUCGUUAAGACCCUCACUGGUAAAACUAUUACAUUGGAAGUAGAAGCCUCUGACACUAUUGAAAAUGUGAAAGCAAAAAUUCAGGACAAGGAGGGAAUCCCUCCAGACCAGCAGAGGCUGAUAUUCGCAGGAAAGCAGCUGGAAGAUGGGCGAACACUAUCCGACUAUAACAUUCAAAAGGAAUCCACUCUCCAUCUUGUCUUACGUCUUCGUGGUGGCAUGCAAAUCUUCGUUAAGACCCUCACUGGUAAAACUAUUACAUUGGAAGUAGAAGCCUCUGACACUAUUGAAAAUGUGAAAGCAAAAAUUCAGGACAAGGAGGGAAUCCCUCCAGACCAGCAGAGGCUGAUAUUCGCAGGAAAGCAGCUGGAAGAUGGGCGAACACUAUCCGACUAUAACAUUCAAAAGGAAUCCACUCUCCAUCUUGUCUUACGUCUUCGUGGUGGCAUGCAAAUCUUCGUUAAGACCCUCACUGGUAAAACUAUUACAUUGGAAGUAGAAGCCUCUGACACUAUUGAAAAUGUGAAAGCAAAAAUUCAGGACAAGGAGGGAAUCCCUCCAGACCAGCAGAGGCUGAUAUUCGCAGGAAAGCAGCUGGAAGAUGGGCGAACACUAUCCGACUAUAACAUUCAAAAGGAAUCCACUCUCCAUCUUGUCUUACGUCUUCGUGGUGGCAUGCAAAUCUUCGUUAAGACCCUCACUGGUAAAACUAUUACAUUGGAAGUAGAAGCCUCUGACACUAUUGAAAAUGUGAAAGCAAAAAUUCAGGACAAGGAGGGAAUCCCUCCGGACCAGCAGAGGCUGAUAUUCGCAGGAAAGCAGCUGGAAGACGGGCGAACACUGUCCGAUUAUAACAUUCAAAAGGAAUCCACUCUUCAUCUUGUCUUACGUCUGCGUGGAGGCAUGCAAAUCUUUGUUAAGACUCUUACUGGUAAAACUAUUACAUUGGAAGUAGAAGCCUCUGACACUAUUGAAAAUGUGAAAGCAAAAAUUCAGGACAAGGAGGGAAUCCCUCCGGACCAGCAGAGGCUGAUAUUCGCAGGAAAGCAGCUGGAAGACGGGCGAACACUGUCCGAUUAUAACAUUCAAAAGGAAUCCACUCUCCAUCUUGUCUUAAGACUUCGUGGUGGCAUGCAAAUCUUCGUUAAGACCCUCACUGGUAAAACUAUUACAUUGGAAGUAGAAGCCUCUGACACUAUUGAAAAUGUGAAAGCCAAAAUUCAGGACAAGGAGGGGAUCCCUCCAGACCAGCAGAGGUUGAUAUUCGCAGGAAAGCAGCUGGAAGACGGGCGAACAUUGUCCGACUAUAAUAUCCAAAAGGAAUCCACUCUCCAUCUUGUCUUACGUCUGCGUGGUGGCAUGCAAAUCUUCGUCAAGACCCUCACUGGAAAAACUAUUACCCUGGAAGUAGAAGCCUCUGAUACUAUUGAGAAUGUGAAAGCAAAAAUUCAGGACAAGGAGGGGAUCCCUCCAGACCAGCAGAGGUUGAUAUUCGCAGGAAAGCAGCUGGAAGACGGGCGAACAUUGUCCGACUAUAAUAUCCAAAAGGAAUCCACUCUCCAUCUUGUCUUACGUCUGCGUGGAGGCAUGCAAAUCUUCGUCAAGACCCUCACUGGAAAGACUAUUACCCUGGAAGUAGAAGCCUCUGAUACUAUUGAGAAUGUGAAAGCAAAAAUUCAGGACAAGGAGGGAAUUCCUCCAGACCAGCAGAGGUUGAUUUUUGCAGGAAAGCAGCUGGAAGACGGGCGAACACUGUCCGACUAUAACAUUCAAAAGGAGUCUACUCUCCAUCUUGUCUUACGUCUUCGUGGAGGCAUGCAAAUAUUCGUUAAAACCCUCACUGGUAAAACUAUUACAUUGGAAGUAGAAGCCUCUGAUACUAUCGAAAAUGUGAAAGCAAAAAUUCAGGACAAGGAGGGAAUCCCUCCAGACCAGCAGAGGUUGAUAUUCGCAGGAAAGCAGCUGGAAGAUGGGCGAACACUGUCCGACUAUAAUAUUCAAAAGGAAUCCACCCUCCAUCUUGUCUUACGUCUUCGUGGAGGCAUGCAAAUAUUUGUUAAGACCCUCACUGGUAAAACUAUUACAUUGGAAGUAGAAGCCUCUGAUACUAUCGAAAAUGUGAAAGCAAAAAUUCAGGACAAGGAGGGGAUCCCUCCAGACCAACAGAGGCUGAUAUUCGCAGGAAAACAGCUGGAGGAUGGGCGAACACUAUCCGACUAUAACAUUCAAAAGGAAUCCACUCUCCAUCUUGUCUUACGUCUUCGUGGAGGAGGCAUGCAAAUCUUUGUUAAGACCCUUACUGGUAAGACAAUUACGCUUGAAGUUGAGGCGGCCGAUACUAUUGAAAACGUGAAGGCGAAAAUUUUGGUUAAAGAGGGAAUUCCUCCAGAUCAGCAGAGGUUGAUCUUCGCCGGGAAACAACUUGAGGACGGACGCACACUUUCUGAUUAUAAUAUUCAAAAGGAAUCUACUCUCCAUCUUGUACUCCGACUUCGUGGUGGCAUCAGAAAGUAAGGAGGGAUUAAUCGUCGUUGAAAGAAAUUUGAUAGCGGUCUAUUGUCCCGUUAUGACGAUCCAUGAAUACAUACAUUUAUAUAUACAAAUGCACACGGGGGAAAAACAUCAGUUCUGUGCCAUUCUACUUUAUUUCCAGCAUUCAAUUUGUUAAACACAAUGAAAUUAUUUCACCUAGUAAUUUAGUCAUAUUCAAAUCAUUAAUUUAGUUCCUUAUAUUUUGUAGCCAUUUUCUUUAAAAUCACGAAGUAUGCAAGUUUAUAAUUUUUGUAUUCAAUAAUCAUUUAAUUAUCACGAAUAAAUUAUAUUGUGCAUUUGACUAAAAUAAAUUAUUUCAACUGUAACGUGUACGCGGGUAUUUAAAAGUGUAUUGUAUAUAGGCUCUCUGAAGUAUAUACGUGUCUUUAGUUAUCCAUGAAUUUCGUGCAAAAUAAAUAUAUAUAAGGAAAAUUAAUUGCCGACGCUUGUAAAUGUUUUGGCCGUUUUAAUUUUUUUUUUAAUUUAAUGUUAAGCCUAGUACGGAGUGCUAUUAUUAUGUGAUGCAUUGUUCAUAUUUACUUAUAAAUUAUAGAUUGUACGUAAUGUAUGUUAGUAUCCAUUCGCGCGUUCAGUACAAAAAUAAAAAUUUGUUAUAAGAACACUUUCGUAUGUACUAUAUCUCCUGUGUACAAUGAAAGAAAAAAUUUUAAUUUGCUAAAAAUUCAUAUAAAUUUAUAUAUUUAAUCGCAGUGUAUUUGGUGCAUUUAGUAAAUAUAUUUGUUCUAAAUGAAUA